UGCUCCUCUUCAUUACCUUUUCUCUCUACCUGCUCAUCAAUGAAACCAGCUUCAUACCAGCCACCCACAACCACCCAACACCAGCCCACAAACAUCUACUGACUCUCUGAAAACUUAGGCCAUGGGAGUUUCGAGUACAUGUCGGCCGUGUGCUGGCUCUUUGGGCGCAACCUGUACGACACGCUGCAGUAUCCCGUGGGGCUGAUCUCCUCUUCAUGGGGCGGGACCCCCAUUGAAGCCUGGUCAUCUGGAAGGUCGCUGAAAGCCUGCGGGAUCCCUAAGGAAGGGUUCACUUCACCGGCUUCUAUAAGUGGCCCCAGUAAACACUCUGUUCUCUGGAACGCCAUGAUCCAUCCACUACAUAAUAUGACUCUGAAAGGCGUGAUAUGGUACCAGGGGGAGGCCAACAUCGAUUUGAACAGGGACCUGUACAACUGCACGUUCCCCGCGCUCAUUGAGGACUGGCGCCAGACCUUCCACCUCGGCUCUGAGGGGCAGACGGAGCGCCUCUUCCCGUUUGGAUUUGUGCAGUUGUCUGCAGUUUUGUCUAAUGAAGACUCAGAUGAUCGAUUUCCCCAGAUCCGUUGGCAUCAAACAGCAGACGUUGGCUAUGUCCCCAACCAAAGGAUGCCCAACACUUUCAUGGCUGUAGCUAUGGACCUCGGUGACAGGACCUCGCCUUUCGGCAGCAUCCACCCUCGAGAUAAGCAGACCGUGGCCUACCGGCUGCACCUGGGGGCCCGAGCUGUGGCUUAUGGGGAGAAGAAGGUGACCUUCCAGGGACCACUGCCUGAGAAGAUAGAGCUCCUGGCCAACAAGGGGCUGCUCAGCCUCACGUACUCCCAGCACAUUGAGGUGCAGAGGCAGGACCACGAGAUAUUUGAGAUCUCGUGUUGUGGUGACCAUCAGUGCAAGUGGCUUCCAGCUCCCGUGAACACUUCCUCCACCCAGACCCUGGCCCUGAAUAUCAGUUCUUGUCCUGGCGCCGUGGCCGCUCUCCGCUAUGCCUGGGCCACUUGGCCUUGCGAAUAUAAACGGUGUCCCCUAUACGACCCCAAGAGUUCCCUGCCAGCCCCUCCCUUCAUUGCUUUUAAUUGCAAACCAGAUGCCUGGACAUCACAGUAAGGCUGCGAUGAUUUAGUGCAGUAGGAUCAGAUCUUAGACAUAAGUAAAUGACAACAAAAAAGUAGAUUUAAUUUUGAUUCAUUCACACCAAUAGCUAUUAUUGUGUUGGCUGUUGGGUGAUUUUUUUUUUUUUUAAUUUGACAAUCUAAGGGAAAAGAGGUCAGUGCCAUGACUAAAUAGUCAGGUAUUGCAUGUUUUAAAAAUUAGAUUUGGGCAUUUAGGAGUUUAAAUGAUGACAACUGUUGCUUUUAAAGGCAAUUAACAGAAAAACUUCAUUGGAGCGUUCCCAGCCAGCCUGUAUUAUGAGAGGAGCCAGGGCUGGUGAACAAUGAAAUGCCUGCCUUUUGUCCUCUAGUUGGGCUGUGCCUGUAUUGGACUCAUGCCAACCUACAAGCAAAUUGAACCUCAAUGUCAUUUACUUCUCAUAACUGGGAGUGAAACAUCUAGCUGGCCCACAUGGCCUUGAAGUUUCUUCCAACCCUCGUUUCCUCAGUUCUGGGUGUAAGAGGACAAGGUGUUAGAUGUUUCCCUCUAAGCCAAAUACAGUUCUGCUCUUUCAGUACCAAUAAUGAUAAUGUGGAUGGUGAAAGCUAACAAAGCAGAACCAUGUGUAGGCAUUUGGGGAGGUGCUGAGGCCAGCCUUAGGAAUGAAGAGAAAGGUGAAUGAAGUGUGGUAGAGACGAUGCUCAGGCUGCCAGUAACAGGUCCUGGGGAUCACCAGCUUAGAAAGAUGUGACAUUGGAGGUCACUGAGGAGCAAGCAGGUCAUUAGAGAUCAUUAUAAAUCUCAGGCCCUGGCCAGCAUCUGCCCACGAACCCAAGGGUCAUGGGUUCGAUCCUGGUCAAGGGCACAUACCUGGGUUCCAGGUUCCCCGCCCCGAUUGGGGCUUGUGUGGGAGGCAGCCAAUUAAUGUGGUUCUCACAUGGAUGUUUCUCUCCUCUCUCUCCCUCCCACCUCCCUUUCACUCGCUCUAAAAUCAAUGGAAAAAAUAUCCUCCAGUGAGGAGUAACAAAGAAAAAAUACAUGUUGGCUCUUUAAAGGUACGAGUUUUAACUAUAAAAACGAUAAUCCAGAUGGAAGAAAAAAGUGAGGCUGGAAGUGAAGCUACUUGAUAAGUAUUUAGAAAAAUAAUCCCAUGGGACAAAUGUGAAAGAGGGCUCUUGUGUGUACUGUUAAGAAUCAAUGCUAUUUAUUGGUUGAUUAAAAACAGCUCACGGCUCUUGACAA